AUGAUGCAACAGCAGCCGCAUGGAGUUGCUCCUGAUUUGGCACAGCUCCAGUCGACGAUGCACGCGAUCGAGCUUGCUUGCUCUUCCAUUCAGAUGCACACAAAUUCGGCGGCAGCAGAGGCGACGCUAUUGUCACUAAAUCAGUCCACGCGUCCCUACAAGCUAUGCCAAUUUAUUCUUGAUAAUUCUCAAGUUGCAAAUGCAAGGUUCCAAGCUGCUUCAGCAAUACGUGAUGCAGCUAUGAGGGAAUGGAGCUCUCUAACAGGGGACGACAAGAAGGGCUUGAUAGGGUUUUGCCUGUGCUAUGUAAUGCAACGUGCUAGUUCACCUGAGGGCUAUGUACAAGCAAAGGUGUCUUCUGUUGCUGCCCAGCUGAUGAAAAGGGGCUGGCUUGAAUUUACUGUUGCUGAGAAGGAAACAUUUCUUCAUCAGGUUAAUCAGGCUAUUAUUGGAAUUCAUGGAAUAGAUGUGCAGUUCUCUGGAAUCAAUUUUCUUGAGUCACUGGUUUCCGAGUUCUCUCCUUCUACUUCAAGUGCCAUGGGGCUCCCUAGGGAAUUUCAUGAACAAUGCCGAAAGUCUUUAGAGCUUCAUUAUCUGAAGACAUUUUACUGUUGGGCAAAGGAUGCUGCUGUAAGUGUUUCAGCGAGAAUAAGUGAAUCUGGUACUGAGGUCCCUGAGGUAAAGGUAUGCACUGGCUCAUUGCGUCUCAUGCUCCAAAUCCUCAAUUGGGAGUUUCAGCCUAAUGUCACGUCCGCCAAGGCCGGGAUAAAUGUGUUUUCACCUGGAGUUAGAUCGGACUUGACUGCAUCAAAAAGGUCUGACUGUAAUGUGGCACAGCCUGGUGCUGCAUGGCGUGAUGCCUUGAUUUCAAGUGGUCACGUUGGAUGGAUUGUAAGCUUCUACGCUGCACUGAGAGAAAAGUUUUCAACUGGGCGUUACUGGCUUGAUUGUCCGGUUGCAGUUUCUGCUCGCAAGCUAAUUGUACAAUUUUGCUCUUUGGCGGGAACCGUAUUUCUAUCUGGCGAUGAACACAUGCAACAAAACCAUUUACUACAGCUAUUGUCUGGGAUAAUACACUGGAUUGAUCCUCCUGAUGCAAUUGCUCAAGCUAUAGAAUCCGGACGAAGUGAGAGUGAGGUGCUUGAUGGAUGCCGUGCUUUGUUGGCUAUAGCAACAGUGGUAAACCCUAUCCUAUUUGACCACCUAUUGAAGUCCAUAAGACCCUUUGGCACGCUCACUCUGCUAUCAAACUUGAUGAGUGAAGUCAUCAAAGUCCAAAUGACUAAGAGAUCUGAUGACGAGACAUGGAGCUGGGAGGCACGUGAUAUUCUGCUAGAUACCUGGACAGCCCUGCUGAUGCCUGUAGACACUUCAGCUGGAAACACAAUGCUUCCACUGGAUGGCAUCAAUGCUGCAGCCAACUUAUUUGCCAUGAUUGCUGAAUCCGAGCUGAAAUCUGCAUCUGCAUCAGCAUUGGAUGAGGAUGAUGGAGACGACUACCUUCAGGCUUCUAUUUCUUCAAUGGAUGAAAGGCUAAUUUCAUAUGCCCUUAUUGGAAGAGCAGCAGUUAAUGUUACAAUUCCGCUGCUCACAAGAUUGUUUUCUGAACGGGUUGCACUGCUUCAUCAGGGCAGGGGCAUCAUGGAUCCAACGCCAACUUUGGAAGAACUCUACUCAUUAUUACUGAUUAUCGGGCAUAUACUUGCAGAUGAACCUGAAGGAGAAACACCCCUGAUUCCAAACAGCAUACAAUCUGAUUUUGCAGACACUGUGGAAACGCAAAAUCAUCCUGUUGUUAUUCUCUCUGUUUCGAUAAUUAAGUUCGCUGAGCAGAGCUUAAAUCCGGAGAUGAGAGCAGCAGUUUUCAGUCCUCGACUUAUGGAGGCUGUUAUAUGGUUUCUUGCAAGAUGGUCUUGUACAUACUUACUAUCUGAAGAAAUUGGAGAAAGUGAUUUGCAUUUGCUUCAGAACUCAAGGAAAACUCUGCUGAGUUUCUUUGGGGAAUAUAACCAGGGGAAAAGCAUACUUGAUAUUAUUGUCCGUGUUUCUGUGACUACACUCUUGUCGUACCCCGGAGAGAAGAAUUUGCAGGCGCUCACUUGCUUUCAAUUAUUACAUGCUCUCGUCCGGCGUAGGCAUAUUUGCUCUAGCCUUGUUCUACUGGACUCAUGGCGUGCACUUGCACGUGCUUUUACAAAUGAAGAAGCAUUGUUUCUGUUAAAUUCUGUUAAUCAGCGUUCAUUGGCUCAAACCCUUGUCCUUUCAGCGUCCGGAAUAAAAAAUUCCGAAUCAGCAAAUCAAUAUGUUAGGGAUCUCAUGGGCCACGCGACAAAGUAUCUGAUAGAGUUGUCUAACAAGAGUGACCUCAAAAUCAUUUCUCAGCGGCCUGAUGUCAUACUCCCACUUAGUUGUUUACUAGAAAGGCUGCGUGGAGCUGCAAGAGCAUCAGAACCUCGAACACAAAGAGCUCUGUGCGAGAUGGGGUUUUCUAUAAUGACUCCUGUUUUAGUUCUUCUUGAAGUGUACAAGAACGAGUCCACAGUCAUUUAUAUGCUCCUCAAGUGUGUUGUUGAUUGGGUUGAUGGACAAAUUGCCUACUUAGAAUCUAGGGAAACUGCUGCGGUAGUUGAGUUCUCCAUACGUUUGCUUCAGCUUUACUCAUCUCACAAUAUUGGCAAGAUCUCAAUAAGCCUUUCGAGCAAUUUAAUUAGUGAAGCAAAUACAGAGAAGUAUAAGGAUUUGCGUGCUCUGCUUCAGCUUCUUUCAAGUUUUUGCUCAAAAGAUCUGGUUGAUUUCUCCUUGGAUUCUGAUGAGUCCCAGAGCACAAACAUAGCUCAGGUGGUGUACCUUGGUAUGCACAUUGUUAACCCACUGAUAUCGCUGGAGUUACUGAAAUACCCCAAGCUUUGUCAUGAUUACUUUGCGCUGCUGUCACACAUGUUGGAGGUAUACCCGGAGACAGUUGGAAGACUUGAUAGUGAAGCCUUUCUGCAUGUGCUUGGGACACUUGAUUUCGGACUUCAUCACCAGGAUACAGAAAUAGUGAAUAUGUGCCUUAGAUCUCUAAAAGCUCUUGCUGCCUACCACUACAAGGAAACCACUAGUGGCAAUCUUGGCCUGGGCUCUCACGCCACGCCAGUGAAAGAUCCACGUGGUGAUAUGCAAGACGGCGUUUUGAGCAGAUUCCUCCGAUUGUUGCUUCAGCUACUCCUUUUUGAGGAUUACAGCCCUGAUCUGGUGAGCCCCGCAGCAGAUGCUUUGUUUCCCUUGAUCCUCUGCGAACAAGAGCUAUACCAGAAACUCGCAAACGAGCUGAUAGAGAGGCAGGUGAAUCCAAGCUUCAAAUCAAGACUAUCCAGUGCAUUUCAUAUGGUCACUAACGCCAAUCAGCUUUCUUGUAAUCUUGAUCGUAUGAACUACCAGAGGUUCAGGAAAAAUGUCAAUGCCUUCCUCGUCGAGGUACGGGGUUUCCUGAGAACAGUGUAA